AUGGGAGGGUCUCGAGCCGCCCGAGCCCCCCAAGGACCCGACACCCGUUCGGCUGAACCUUAUUCUCAAACAACAGCCACGGGUGCGAGUCCCGAGCCUCUAGAGCCAGUUUCACCUGAACAAAACAAGUGCAGUAAACCAACAAAGAAGCGGGGCGAUUCGCAGACUAAUCGCAGGGCCGGUUAUCGGAAUGGGUACAAUUUAAACCCGUUAACGAGGAUCUAUGAGAGGGCAAGUCUGGUGCCAGCAGCCGCGGCAAUUCCAGCUCUCAAAGUGUAUAUCGUCAUUGCUGCGGUUAAAAAGCUCGUAGUUGGAUCUUCACUUCAGGACCCGGUCCGCCCAUUUGGACGAGGAAUGGGCUCCGAAGUUCGAAAUGCCGGUUUUCUCUGUGCCACCUCCAUCGGUCGCACAGGGUAG